GGCGGGGUUAUAUCCUGUGAAGGGCGGGGUAGCUGGAAAAGAGGAAGAAUCCAUUGGCAAUUAUUCACGUGACUAAUACAAGUCCCGUGAUUUGUAGGUAAGUAUACACACCUCACUCAACUUCACGAUUCCAUGUGUGGUGAGAUGAAAUGGUGCUUGUCGUGUCAAAUUUGCGUCACCAAGAGUUUUUCCCCAUACUAUUGAGUUCACCGAGUUAUAUUUGGUAUAUGAUCUACUGUAAGUUCCCAGGAAGGUAAUUCUAGGUAUAUCUACCGGAGAUUGACGCGCUGAACACUUAUCCGCACGCUCCCCAUUCCUAAACACAUGUAACCUACCUAUGUGUCUCGUCCACCGCCAAUUUAAUAAACCUCGGCAUCUCUAUGAAGUCGUCGACAUCGAAUUCGACUGCUCUCAAGAUAUUUUAGUAGAAACUUGGAGCCACUGUAUUUGGUAUUUGUAUUAAGUUUAUAUUGGAACUCUCAACCCGUCAUACUUACUGAUUCAUCUGCUCCUUCAUCACUACUGUUCAUAUUGAAAAUCGCAGGGAAAGCCAAAAUGUCAGCAAUUUUAGGUGCCCCUUUUGACCCUAAACUCACAGGUCUUUUGCUUGUAGCACUUCGGUACUACCCAGAUAAAUUGCGAUCUAUUAUACCGAAUAAGAUCCAGCCAUAUACUUAUUCUCCCGCCUUCAUUCGGGCAUUGAAGGCCCUCCUCGUUUUGGGUAUUGUACGCGGUGUCAAUAAGAAGUUAUCUCAGCUUGUGUUGAAUAAUUGGAAAAGCAAUGCGAAAUUCAUUAAGAGUCAAGAGGUUGUCUUGAUCACGGGUGGUUCCAGUGGGAUAGGAGAAUCAAUGGCAAGAGAGUUCUCAUCUAAAGGGGUCAAGGUUGUGGUAAUGGAUGUUAACCCUCCAAAGAUGCCAUUUCCAUCAAAUGUCUUCUACUAUCGAGUUGAUAUAACAUCACCAUCCCAAAUUGCCACUGCAGCGUCCGAAAUAAGGAAAAGUCAUGGAGAUCCUACCGUGCUCAUUAACAAUGCCGGGGUUGGUACUCUCAUGCCCAUUCUAGAAGGCAGCGAAGCACAAACCCGAAAGACAUUUGAGGUUAAUACGAUAUCUCAUUUCUUUCUGGCCAGAGAAUUCGUCCCGGCGAUGGUCAAGAAGAACCAUGGUCACGUAGUGACAAUUGCCUCUUUAGCAAGCUACUUGGUGUACGCUUCCAAUGUAGAUUAUUCCUGUUCGAAAGCCAGUGCUCUCGCGUUUCAUGAAGGACUUGCAUCAGAAUUGAAAGCUCUAUACAACGCACCUAAUAUCCGAACCACUGUUGUCAAUCCAGGAUGGGUUCGGACGCCAUUGGUCGAGGAUAUAAUCUCGCAAGCCAGCUUCAAAGAUCCAUAUCUCCAACCUGAAACCAUUUCUAAUGCCGUUGUCGAUCAAGUGUUGGCGGGAAGAAGUGGCCAGAUCAUCUUACCUAAGGAUAUGGGCAUACUAGGCACAAUUCGAGGAUGGCCAUGGUGGCUUCAAACCACGGUGCGAAAUAUGAUAGCUCUAGAUUUGAACUUUGGUCAAACGCAGCCUGAGCCAGCAGUACAAAUUGAAAAUGUGGCUCCGGCGGCAUCCACGUAAAUAUUUGCCUCGUUAUGUAUUUUCCGGAGUACUUUGUUUGUGUAAGGAAAGGUUGACUUGUCGGGAUUUUUUUUGAUGUUGUUCUAGGUUACUCAGCGUCAUCAUCGUGGUUAUCGUGGCGAUGUUGACCAUGUUCGGGAUUUUGUAAGCCUUGUUCAUUGGUAGAUGAGGUUGGCGACGAGUUCCGCAGACCGUAGAUUGUAAACACAUAUAUUAUACUCCACUCCACUUUGUUGUUAUGUGUGGUAAGUCAAUAUGCAUAUUAUGCUCAGAAGAGCACGAGGAGCCAAUACCGGCUUAACCGUUAAAUGACAUAUGCA